CAGGGCUGGGAGGGCCAGCCAUUUUACUUGUGGAAAACAGUGUGGCAUAUUCUGCUGAGCUUUACCCUGGAAGAAGCAUUUUUUAAAAAUCUAUUGAGGGAAGAGAGAAGUAGUGGGCAUGCUGGUAUUCAGUUAGCACAGCCAAGCAUGCCUGCAAGCUGCCAUUUGGACGAGCUGUUGACUGCCUUUCCUGGUAGCUGAUUUGAGAACGUGGAAUGCAGGGAGAUAAUGCUGCAUAUCUGCUAUCAGACAGCAGAGAAGGGUUUUGUCUGGGGAAGGCAAGCCUUCCCUGCAAUGUAGCUCAGCAGCUCUCUGGCUGCUAACCCUGAAAACUAGUGACCCCAGCGGAGGUGUUUCCAUCUGUGCUCCCCGGUCCUGUGCGCGGCUGUUGCAUAUGAGUGGCAGGUCUGAAGAAGCAGGUGUGUGCUCGGACGGGCACUGGACUGUAACGCAGGCGGACGCUCUCGGGUUUACCUGCUUCCUGUUAACAGAUUGUGGCUCAGACAGCAUCUGCCCGCACGCUGAGGCAGAGGCUGAGAAGGAGGUCCCUGUGUCUCCACUUGACUGACAGAGACACUUGGAUUGGACUUAAUCUUAAACCUCUGGAGUUCAAGACCUUUUAAAAAGGGCUAAAUAAACAAUCUCCACAUGUAAAAGGCCACUGACUCCUACUUCCUCUCUUCAGAGCAACUGUGGAACCCGGCUGCCUGUAGGAAAACUGAAGACUUUAAUAACAAACCCUCCAAGGUCAAAAUGAAUACAGAUAGCGGUGGGUGUGCUCGCAAACGUGCCGCCAUGUCUGUUACAUUAACAUCUGUGAAGAGAGUUCAAAGUUCUCCAAACCUAUUGGCUGCAGGGCGUGAUUCUCAGUCACCAGACUCAGCUUGGAGAUGUUACAAUGAUCGAAAUCAAGAGACACUGAAUGGAGACGCUACAUAUUCCUCUCUUGCAGCAAAAGGUUUUAGAAGCGUUCGACCAAAUCUACAAGAAAAAAAAUCACCAACUCAGGCACCCCUUCCACCACCCAGAAAAGAGAGCUUUUGUAGCUCCUUGAUAACCAAUCACACAAAGGGUGACAUUUUAGACCAAUUAGUAACUAACACACCAAUCCCCUCCUGUGCAGAGUACUUUACUAAUAAAGCACCUCUUCAGGGAACUAUGCAUUCUAAUGACGACCCCAGCCAGACAAUUGUAUAUUCUGAAGAAUCUAACACAACUGUGUCAUAUACGCAGAAAAUCACUAAUCCGCUACCACCAGCUUCCAGCACAGGGCCCUCACCAAAAGCUGACAUGAGUACCCCAUUUCUCCAAGAGGACUACAUGCAAGACUCUCAGACUCGGAGAAUUUCUACAUUGAAACUAAUCCAUAACCAGGAUCCGGGAAGCAGCACCCCCUUUAAUCCUCCACACUUUUCCAAAUCUGUUGAAGUACCACCAUUUCUCAAACGGCCUUGCUCACCACCCUCUAAACCAGUGCCUGAGAUACACACAGCAUCUCUUUCCAUUCAGAUAGCUCCCCUUUCGGGCCACGAUCCUGAAAGCCACAAACAGCCACCUGAGCUUUCUCCAGAGACUGCAAAGAUACCUCUUCCGCCAGAGAGACAAAAACCUGCAGCUGGUGCGGCCUCUCAGUCCUCAGACUGCCAAGUGCUUGGAAACCAGAACUUAACUGCCAAUGUGCUGGAGAGCCAGAUAACAGUGAAUGGAAACUCUGGAGGCACUGUGAGUCCAAUGAGUUACUAUCAAAGGCCGUUUUCCCCUUCUGCUUACUCACUACCAGGCUCACUCAAUUCAAGCAUUAUCAUGCAGCAUGGCCGGUCACUCGAUUCCGCAGAGACAUAUCCCCAGCACGCACAGUCUCUGGACGGCUCCCUGGGCAGCUCGAUACCACUGUACAGGUCCUCAGAGGAGGAGAAGAGAGUGACAGUCAUCAAGGCCCCGCACUACCCGGGGAUUGGGCCCGUGGAUGAAUCCGGAAUCCCCACAGCAAUUAGAACGACGGUUGACAGACCGAAGGACUGGUACAAGACCAUGUUCAAGCAAAUCCACAUGGUGCACAAGCCGGAUGAUGACACAGACAUGUAUAAUACUCCUUACACAUACAAUGCAGGCCUGUACAACUCACCCUACAGCGCUCAGUCACAUCCUGCUGCAAAGACCCAGACCUACAGGCCCCUCUCCAAAAGCCACUCUGACAAUGGCACCGAUGCCUUUAAGGAUGCUUCCUCCCCCGUCCCUCCCCCGCAUGUCCCUCCUCCAGUCCCACCACUUCGACCAAGAGAUCGGUCUUCAACGGAAAAGCAUGACUGGGAUCCUCCAGACAGAAAAGUGGACACAAGAAAAUUUCGUUCUGAGCCAAGGAGUAUUUUUGAGUAUGAACCUGGGAAGUCAUCAAUUCUGCAGCACGAAAGACCACCCCCUCUCCCAACCACUCCGACACCGGUUCCAAGGGACCCUGGCCGGAAGCCUGUUUCCCUGUCACCACAUGGAGAAGUAACUGGUAGCCCCUCCCCUCCGCCCAGGACCAGCAUCCCCACACCAAGCCCGUGCACCCCGGCUCUCUCUCCCAUCUGGACUGAUCGCAUAAAUCCAGAUGACAUAGAUUUAGAAAAUGAGCCCUGGUAUAAAUUCUUUUCAGAACUGGAGUUUGGACGCCCGCCUCCUAAAAAGGCUCUGGACUAUGUUCAAGAUCAUUCUUCUGGUGUUUCCAAUGAGGCCUCCUUGUAUCAAUCCUCUAUAGACAGGAGCCUGGAAAGACCUGCUAGUUCUGCAAGCAUGGCCAGCGACUUUAGGAAAAGGCGGAAGAGCGAGCCUGCGGUGGGGCAGCCGAGGGGCUUGGGGGAUCCAAGUGCAAGCAGGACCAGCCCAGGUCGAGCGGACCUCCCAGGAUCAAGUGCCACCCUGACUAAGUCCUUCAUCAGUUCUUCUCCUUCUUCCCCGUCAAGAGCAAAAGGUGGGGACGAUAGCAAAAUGUGUCCACCCCUUUGCAGUUACUCAGGGCUCAACGGCAACCCCUCGCACGAGUUAGAUUACUGUGACACUUACAGACAGCAUCUGGACGUCCCCCAUGACUCACAGAGGGCCAUUACUUUCAAAAACGGCUGGCAAAUGGCCCGGCAAAACGCAGAGGUCUGGAGCAGCACUGAAGAAGCGGUUUCCCCCAAGAUCAAAUCCCGCAGUUGUGAUGACCUCCUAAAUGACGACUGCGACAGCUUCCCUGACCCGAAAACCAAGUCGGAAAGUAUGGGUUCUCUGUUAUGCGAAGAGGACUCCAAGGAGAGCUGCACCAUGACCUGGGCUUCCCCCUUCAUCCAGGAGGGCCGCGGUAACAGCAGAUCAAGGCUUCGACACAGGUCCGCCCACGACGCCCCAGGGUUCCUAAAAAUGUACAAGAAGAUGCACCGCAUCAACCGCAAGGAUCUGAUGAACUCGGAGGUGAUCUGCUCUGUGAAGUCGAGGAUAAUGCAGUAUGAAAAGGAACAGCAACACAGGGGUCUGCUCCAUGGGUGGAGCCAGUCCUCCACCGAGGAGGUGCCCAGGGACAUGGUGCCCACCCGCAUUUCUGAAUUUGAGAAGUUGAUUCAGAAGUCAAAAUCCAUGCCGAAUUUAGGAGAUGAAAUGUUAUCUCCUAUAACCCUAGAAACACAACAAAACGGUUUGUGUCCCCAAAGGCGAUUUUCCAUCGAGUCUUUGCUGGAGGAAGAAAAUCAAAGCAGACACCCUUCUCAGGUCCAAAGAAGCUACACAUCCACAGCCCUGGUGCCAAUCCACAUUGAGGUCACCAGUGAUGAGCAGCCCAGAGCUCACGUGGAGUUUUCCGACAGCGACCAAGAUGGAGUUGUAUCUGAUCACAGCGAUUACAUUCAUGUAGAAGGAUCGUCCUUCUGCAGUGAGAGUGAUUUUGAUCACUUUUCCUUCACGUCCUCUGAAAGUUUUUAUGGAUCCAGCCACCAUCACCACCACCAUCACCACCAUCAUCACCGGCACCUCAUCAGCUCCUGCAAAGGCAGGUGCCCUGCCUCCUACACUCGAUUUACCACAAUGCUGAAACACGAAAGAGCUAAACAUGAAAACAUUGAGGAGCCCAGAAGACAAGAAAUGGACCCUGGCCUUUCUAAGCUGGCAUUUCUGGUCAGUCCUGUGCCUUUCCGGAGGAAAAAGAAUUCGACUCCCAAAAAACAGACAGAAAAGUCAAAGUGUAAAACAUCCGUAUUUGAGGCUCUGGACUCCGCCCUUAAAGACAUCUGUGACCAAAUUAAGGCUGAAAAGAGAAGGGGAAGUUUGCCAGACAACAGUAUAUUGCACCGUCUUAUCAGUGAACUGCUGCCGGAUAUUCCCGAAAGGAAUUCCUCACUCAAAGCUCUAAAAAGGAGCCCCGUGCACCAGCCUUUCCACCCACUGCCUCAAGAUGGUGCUAUUCAUUGUCCAUUGUACCAGAACGACUGUGGGAGCAUGCCUCACAGCGCCUCCUUCCAGGACGACACCAACAACAACUACCACCCCCAAGACCAUGAGAGUGUGCUGAGCCUCCAAGACCAUGAGUCCCCUAGAAGUUACUCAUCCGCCCUGACUGACCUGGGGAGAGGCGCCCCAAGGGAAAGAAGAGGAAUUCCAGAAAAAGAGAAACUGCCUGCAAAAGCUGUUUACGAUUUUAAGGCUCAGACAUCCAAGGAGCUGUCAUUUAAGAAAGGAGAUACUGUCUACAUCCUCAGGAAAAUUGAUCAAAAUUGGUAUGAGGGAGAGCACCACGGGAGAGUGGGCAUUUUCCCAAUCUCGUACGUGGAGAAACUCACACCUCCUGAAAAAGCGCAGCCAGCGAGACCACCUCCCCCAGCCCAGCCCGGAGAGAUCGGAGAAGCUGUAGCCAAGUACAAUUUCAGUGCUGACACAAACGUGGAGCUCUCGCUGAGAAAGGGAGACAGAGUUAUUCUUCUUAAAAGAGUUGAUCAAAACUGGUAUGAAGGUAAAAUUCCAGGAACCAACAGACAAGGCAUCUUCCCUGUUUCCUACGUAGAAGUCAUCAAGAAGAACACAACCAAAGGUGCUGAGGAUUACCCGGACCCGCCAAUACCCCACAGCUAUUCUAGUGAUAGAAUCCACAGCUUAAGUUCAAACAAGUUGGCUUCCAGUGAACCUGUCCCCCUUCCCCUGCACAAAGUUUCAUCUGGCCCAGAUAGAGGUGCUUUCCAGGGACUCGCCCAGGGGUGGCUGUCCCUGACAGCCAAGUGUCCACCGGCAAAGCCUUUGGCCCCAACACCACCUUCUUUUCUGGACAACUUCUUGGAAGAAUUAGAGAAGCUUGCUGCUGUAGCUUUAUCAGCUGACCAAGCCAAACCAAAUCUCCUAGAGGAGAUCAGCCUUGAAAUUAAGGAGGAACCCUCUGUUCUCCUCCCAUUGCCUCCCGCAUCUGCACCGGCCAAAUCACCUUCCUCUCCGCUGCCUUUCCCCCAAGCGGGUGUGACCUCAGCUGCGGUCCUGCCUCCUGCAGCAACGCCACUUCAGGAUCCGAGAAAGACUCCUCUAAACAAGUUUGCGGAUCUGACAAAAGUGAGAAAGGGCUUUGCAAGCCCUGAAAAAGUACCUGAAGUCCUAGGUGAUAAGUUUGUGAGCCUCGCACAUACUCAUCUGGGUCCCUUGUCCAAAACCCUCCCUGUCAUUGGAGAGGAAGAUGAGGAGAUGUCUGAGGGGGUUACGGCAGGCAUCCGAAGAGGGCCGGAAUCUCAAGGACCAGACGCCUUGUGGUGCGGCCAUGAUGGCACAGAGGUGACAGCAUGCCUGCACAUUGAAGAGGAGGAAGAGGAAAGGGAACCUGACCGCAUAAAAUAUCCAGUAGCCAGCCCCACAUAUCCUAGGACCCCUCAGGAGGACAGCAAUGCAGCAAAAACCAGUACCGAGCCAUCUUCAUCUUCUUCGGGAGAGCGAACGUCUACACCUCUUCCCAGCUGUCUGCUUUCCUCCCCUCCCUUUCAUUCCUCCUUGGCCACUGGCUCUGACCUGGUCCCUACACUUUAUCAGCCUACCCAGCCCUCCUCAUCUCUGCUCCUCCCUAAAUACUCUUAUCAACAGGAGAUAAGUUCACCAAAAUUAAAGGUAACUGCAUCUUGAGUGUGGUUUAUUGCAUGUCUUUCAAUGAACUUAAUUAAUUAGAUGUAUGUAUUUAGACUUGUGCCAUCUUACAAGAUCGAAAAGGUCAUUAAAUAUUGGUUGCUAACUUUUAACAUCAUUAGCAUGGCCUCUGUUCAAAAAUUUAAAAGAUAUAUCUGCAUAGCAGCUAUAUGUAGAUUGAGGAGAAAAACAAACUAAGAUUUAUGUAAGAAUAAAAACUAACCAUUAGGGUUUUUUUUUUUUUUAAGUUGAGGAUCAGCAAGAGAACCAUCCCGUUCAAAGGCAUCAGUUUUGUGCCUGUCAUCCUCUGUCACUUUCUAGUGGGCUCAUUGCCUCCCAAGUUUUCCAACCAAGCAGCAGGUUCAGCAGAGCCUGAGGGCUCACGAUCUUUGGCAUUGACUGUGUUGAGCCCUGUUCUUCCACGAAACUGAAGUUAAAUUAAUGAGGAUGCGGGAAGGAGGCUUCUCUUCCAGCAGUUAACAAAGCACCCAUCUCGAAGACUUGCUGGCUGGCUGGCAGCUCUGCUGGUAUUUAACUCCCUCUUAGGAGACCACAAUAAAGGAUCUUUAACAAAAUUAAUGAGUGGCCUUGGAAAGAGAUUUAAUGACAACCACAGAAGGAAAUCAAUCCAUCACAGAAAAGUUUUACUUCUUUGUUCAAAAUGAUCCUGAAACCUUUUCCUUUAGACAAAAGGUCUUCAAAUAAUGACUCAUCAUCACAUUCAAUCUUCUCAACCUGAAAUGAGAGCCUCUGCAGAUCAGCUAAAAAAAAAAAAACAAAAAACAAAAAACAAAAAACAAAAAAACUCGAAGGUGCAGGUAGUCAUGUUUUUCAACUAGGAAGCACCAAAACCUGAGAAAUGCCAUUUACACAGUCUUCCAAACGCCCAUCACCAAAUCGACCCACCGAAAUAGUCCAUCUAUGAAUUUUAUCUUAUGUAGAAAAGGAAUCUUUGAGAAAACGUAAUAUACUUUAAAAAAAUAAUCGUUCUUUGCCCUUUGAGGUUUUCUCUUAGCUGGUAGGAAUUAGGAAAUUUUUUAAAUAAUAACAAUAAUACUUUAGAUAAUGUCUAAGGCUAGGAAUUGCCUUUUUUCCUCUCUCUGCGGUUUUCUUUUUAAGGCCAAAAUAUUUAUCCCUUGCCUUUCCCUACUUGUUCUUCAGCCUUUAUGCUUAGUCAGUAAGUAGGCAAGUAACUUGAGAAUCAUAGUUCUCUAAUUUAGAGACAUGGAAUACUCAGCAUUGUAGUAGCAAGAACAAAACCAGAAUUUAAUCAGGUUUACUCUCCUGCAAGAACCAAGCUCAUCUCAGCUGUUUAUCCACAUCAUUCCAAAAGCUACUUUUUUUUCUGAGUCUUGACAUUUAUAGAACCCCUGUAUUAGUCAAGAUUGGGGCAGCUGCAGUGCAAGAAAACUCAAAAUAAUUAUAGCUUAAACAAGGUAAAAGUAUAUAUUUUUAAUGCAUAAAUGUAGGACAUCCAGGGCUGAUAUGUGGCUCCACAGUUAUUAGAAAACCCAGGAGAUUCCAUUUUAUUUUGGCAUACCACCAUGCUCAACAAGAAGCUUCCACUGCAUGGUCCAAAGUGGCUGCAGCAGCUCCAGCAGUCCCUUCCUCAUUCCAGACAGCAGGAAGGAGAAAAGAUGAGGGGAGCUUAUGCCUUCUUCCUUGAAGGCUAUUUUCUAAAAAUUAUACAUAUCCCAUCUGUCAGAACUUACCACAUGAGCACAUCUAAGUACAAGGAAGUUUGAAAAAUAGACUUUAUUCAGAAUGUCCACGUGCCUUCCUAACAUCCAGGAUUCCACUACUGAGAAUGACGAAGAGAAAGGAUACUGGAGAACAUCAAGCGUUCUCUGCCACAGCCCUUAAAGAAAAAUUCACCCCCAGGGAUUAAAGAUAUGAGAUCAAGCACUUACUAGUUAUUACGAAAUUUUUCUUAAAUGAGGGUUAAGAAAACCGCAUGCUUUUAUUUAAAAGUUCCUGGGUCCUGCUAAAGUUCCUGUAAGCCAAAUCAAAUACCAGACAGUACCUCGUUAGGUCUUGUCCAUAAAUGGAAAGAAAAUAAAAUAUGCUCAUACGUAAGAAAGGUUAGCUUAUUCACUGUCAUAUCAAAAAUCUUGCUUUGAAAGGAUACCAAAAUAGUCACAAGAUCCUUGGAGUUAGAACAAUAUCCUGUAUUUAAUUAUAUUUUACGAUUCUCGCCAGAAAAGCCCUAUUUUCUUUAUAUGUGUUUUGUUAGAAAAUCUGCAUGUGACAAAGGCUUGACACUUUCUAUGAAAUUUGAUGGAUAUUAAAUGAAAUUCCCCUCUAUUUUAUCACAUCUAUUCAAAUAUGCACAAAGAAAACAGGUCAGAUUUGAGAAUGUCUUGAAACCAAUUUUUAAGCAUUUUAUUAAGACAAAAUUUCUUGUAAGUGUUCUUACCCAUCUGUAGUGCAUCCAAACAUCUUCUCUAUGCCAACUCCCCUCUGUAAAUCUUUCUCUGCUCUGCCUGUGAGUUCCCUAUUAAAGCAGCAACUGAUGCCUAUGCUGUGAAACUUCUGGCAGCCACAAGAGCCGUCUGCAGACUGUUACCCCUUCCCGCGCUACUCUUAUUCAGGAGUUUGGCAUGCUGUGUGUGCAUGGGAGAAAACAAAACAGGAAAGCUCCUCCUGAAGGCUGUGUAAUGAAGAUGAGAACUAACUAACUUCUUAUGGCUCUUCCAGGCUGAUUUAAAAGGCGAGAUAUUUGUCUUGGGUAAGCCUCCGCGGAGC